UGUCAUUGCAAUUACAAUAAAUCUUUUUGGUUUUUGAGGUUCUGUAUAAUUUCUAUUUAAAGCCUUCGUCAUAGAUUGAUCAAUUUUCUCGUUCUAUCUUUUUUCCUGUGUUGUGUUGUGAAGCAGCAAGAAAAAACACCAGACGCAGCCUCGACUGUACACUACCUAAGCUUUCCUCUGCAUCCCGGUUUCCCCGCCAGCCCCUCCAUCCUCCUCCCUCGGCGUCUUUCCUCCUUUCCCCUUCCUCUUCGGCCAUUGCUUGUCAACUACCUCCCCAUGCUCUCCCGCUCCCCCCAUACUCUCCCACUUCAAGCAUUUAAGAAUCGGCUUCUACCCCAACUGGCUCGAUCCUCUCCUCUGGCAUCGCCUACCGCACGAACUAUCUGUACCGUUCAGAACUCCGUGAAUCGGAGACCAACAACUUUGGCUUCUUCACGUUCGCCAGUCCCUUCGAUAUCUUCCGGGCAACGCCUCGCUUCUCUCUCAAGACACUUCUCCUCGACCCCCGCAGUCGCUGAAGAGAACGCCAACUCGACCAUGGCGGAAACACAGCAGUAUGACUACAUCGUUCUCGGUGGUGGAAGUGGUGGUAGCGGCAGUGCUCGCCGAGCUGCCGGAUGGUAUGGCAAGAAGACAUUGAUUGUGGAAAGUGGACGGUCUGGAGGCACCUGUGUCAACGUUGGAUGUGUUCCCAAGAAGAUGACCUGGAACUUUGCUACCAUUAACGAGACUCUCGAGGUUGGCAGACACUACGGCUACGAUAUCCCCGAGGAUGUCGGAAAGAACUACAAGCACUUCAAGGAGCUCCGCGACGCUACCAUCACCCGUCUCAAUGGCGCCUAUGAGCGUAACUGGGGCCGUGAGGGAAUUGACCUUGUGCACGGCCGGGCCCGCUUCGUCGAGCCCAAGACCAUCGAGGUCGCCAAUGAGGAUGGCAGCAAGUCGCGAUACACUGCCCCUCACAUUCUGAUUGCCACCGGUGGUCGUCCCAACAUCCCCAAGAUUAAGGGUGCCGAGCACGGUAUCAGCAGUGAUGGAUUCUUCGAGAUGGAGGAGCUCCCUCCCAAGCUUGCCGUCGUUGGUGCGGGAUACAUUGCGGUUGAGUUGGCCGGUGUCAUGGCCGCCGUUGGCGUCGAGACACACAUGUUCAUCCGUGGCGAGAACUUCCUGCGGAAAUUCGACCCCAUGAUCCAGAAGACUAUGACCGACCGCUAUGAGGCUACCGGUGUCCACAUCCACCGACACUUCCCUGGUUUCAAGGAGGUUCAGCUCCUGCAGGAUGGCAAGGGCAAGGACAAGUUGAUCAAGCUGGUUGGUAACGACGGACACGACGUUAUUGUCAACGAGCUUCUGUGGGCCAUUGGUCGUGCCCCCGAGGUUGAGGACCUGCACCUUGAUGUCCCUGGUGUGAAGCUGGGUGGCUCCGGAUACAUCCCCGUCGACGAAUACCAGAACACCAACGUCGAGGGUAUCUACGCUAUUGGUGAUGUGACUGGACAGGCUGAGUUGACACCUGUUGCCAUCGCCGCCGGUCGUCAGCUGGGUAGCCGUCUCUUUGGACCCCCCGAACUCAAGUCCUCCAAGCUUUCCUACGAAAACAUCCCCACUGUCGUUUUCUCCCACCCUGAGGUCGGCACCAUCGGUCUCACGGAGCCCCAGGCUCGCCAACAGUACGGUGACGACAAGAUCAAGAUCUACCGUACCCGCUUCACUGCCAUGUUUUACGACGUUCUCCCCGCAGAGGAGAAGAAGAAGAACCCCACAGAGAUGAAGCUCAUCUGCGCUGGACCUGAGGAGAAGGUUGUUGGUGUGCACAUUCUGGGUCUGGGCGUUGGAGAGAUGCUCCAGGGCUUUGGUGUCGCCGUCAAGAUGGGAGCCACCAAGCAGGAUUUUGACAGCUGUGUUGCUAUCCACCCAACCAGUGCCGAGGAGUUGGUGACCCUGCGGUAGUUUUGGGUGGUAGAUUAUGGCCCAUGCAAAUAGAGGACAUCAUGUAAAUGCGAUCAAAUAGUAAUAUGUUGGAUAUACACGUUGUUCUAGAGAGUAAGAGUUUUAUGAAUGUGUUGAUUGAUUGAUGUAAUUUAUGCUAUCAAAUGAUAACCAUCCAAGAUGCU